AUGGCGGAAGGUUCUUCAGCGAGUUGUGAUCUUGACGACGACAAUGGUAAUCUGUUAACUCACUGUACUGAUCAGUAAACGUUUCAGAAAAUUUAGUAUCAAUCAUGUUAAUUAAUUUUUGUAAGAUUCCCGACUUAAAAAUUCGCCAAGUUCGUAAUUAUUCAUAAAUAACAGGAAAGCUGUCCAGCUUUCCUGUUACUAAUUAAACAAUUAGAAUAAUUAUUAAACGAAUAAUAAUAAUAAGUAACAGGAAAGUUGUAUAACUUUCCUGUUUUAUUUUUUAAGCAAUUAUGUACCACAUAUAUAAAGAUUUAGCUGAAAACGUGUUGUGGAUUCUUGAAAGGUGCGUUACAUUGAUUUAAGAAAUUGGAACUACAAAAAUUGUUUAUUCGUUUGGUCGUCUAAAAUUUUUGUCGGAGAAACACAAGGUCAAAUACUUAUGAUAGUAUCAAUUUGUGGAAACUAUUUUGAAUACUGCUCUGUGACUUUCGUCAAAAUUUUACCCUCAGAUGUCCCUCCACUGGAAGACAUGUCAGAACUGAUCAAUCAAGUCAACAAUUUACGAGAAAAUGUGACAGCUAAACCUUCGUGUGAUCAAUCGGUAACUGCAAACACACAGCCAAAGAAGAAGACAGUAUCUUCUGCUCAGGUAGUCUUUUAGAAGAUUUUAUUUAACCCUUCAAUUUCCAUGAGUGACCAAGAAAGAUUUCUGUUUACAACAUCAAUACAAUAUCAAACACCAAUUGACAAGAAUAAAGAAAGAUAUCAAUUGGGGGAUUAUUAGUUGAUCCAAUAAGAAAUCCCCCAAACUGACACCAUCAGAACUUUAUGAGAGACAGUAAGAGGAAUUAAUGAUGAGAUCUUAGGAGUGAAAAGGUUAAUGUGUGCCUUGGUGAUAAGGGUUUAAUUUAUGUUUUGGCCCUUUUAUAGCUCCAUAGUUUUGCUUGCUGAACUGUGUACUGGGAAGAGUGAUAUUAAAUUGUAAACAAUAUUUUUAAACAAUUAACUGUGGAUGACUAUAACUUGUGUUGCUUGUGAUGCUUGUUAUAGGGUCUCAAGUCUGCUCAAAAUGAGAAGACAUUUGGUGGAUUCAAGAAAGGCUUUUUGAUGAAUUCAAAACCUAAAAAGGAAACCUCCAACGCUUCAUUAAAACCUUUGAAAAAAGACACUGAUAUUCCGGUCAUCAAAGCCAGAAAUCCAGAGCAAAAGGGGAUGGAAAUUCCAGAAGUUCAAGAGGCAAUGAAAUCUAGUGGCAAACCAAGCUUGGAAGGCAAAGGUCUGGUCAGUUAGUUACCAAGGGUGACUAACAUACAAUUUCUCCUCACAAUAUCAUCCUUGAAUCAUACAUGUAGGUCAUGGGAAUAAAGGAAAUGAUCACCUACUAAAGAAGCUCUUGACUGUUAAAACAAAUUCUCCCUGUUAACACCAUAGGAACAGUAUGAAGAAUAUUCACACUGAUGCUAGGCUAUUAAGGGUUAAUAGACUUCAGAUGCCUGCUAAUAAUUUCAACCCAUAAUCUUGGCUCCUUUCUUGGUAUAUACCCUGUCUUGGUUAUAGCUGUCUAUUCCACAAUCAGCAUCCAUUUAUGAUAAAAAUUGAGUGAAACCUCUUCUUCCCUGUUAAUGAAAAUAUCCAAGCACAUGUAUUUUUUGGUUCAUGGGACAGGGGGCUCAAUAGAAAGAUGCCUCUGUGAGAAGGGUACAGACAUGGAUAUUUUCUGAAACAACAGCAAGAGGAAGAAUGGGCUGUGUUUUAAAAAAGGCAUGAAAAUCUUGAAAGAUUAUAGAUAUUAAUGACUGAGUAACAAAUACAAAACAUUCCCUUUCUGUUACUGCCAAGAUCACUUCUGCACCAUACAAAUUGUACUGAGGUUGUAUUAGUGAAGUGAGUUUAUAAAAUCAAUGUUCUCUUCAUUAAAAUAAGUAAUUGUUUUUGUCAACUCUAGACUGGAUUACAGAGGAUCUUUUGAAAAAAGUUGAGCGCAAUCCUGCUCUGGCCAACAAGCUGACAGAUCCUAAGUUUAGAGCAAUUCUGGAACAAGUGGGCACAGAUCCUUUGAAAGCAUUGUCCAUGAUUGGAAAGGACCCAGAAAUGCAGAAAGUUAUGCAGGAGUUCAGUGGAUUGAUGGGAGAGUACUUCACUACUCUUGGAGAUUCCAUGGCUCAAGGGGUGAGUGUCUUGCCUGGGUAGAUUGUUUCUAAAGUUUCCUUUCCCCUUAUUACAUUCAAAAGAGAAAAAACAGUUUCAAUUACUAGGACAGAAUAAAUUUGGUAGCACAAAUGAGACAUGAUUUCCUUGUUAUGAUCUUUUUAACUGCUACGCUUGUCAGAAGUCUCACUCUUUUACCUGUUACAAAUUAUACUAGAUCUCUUACUUGUCCCCUCCCUCUUCUCAGUGUUAUCUGUUGCUGCUUCCAGUGAGGAGGAAUUUAGUUUUUGGUAGGUUACCUCCUCCCUUGUGAUUUGUUGAACUGCUAUGGAACACCAGUACCAGGAACCAAGGUCCCUGGUCCUUUAAACCUUUUCACACACCCUAACAUACUUAUAUUCCACGCUGUUUUCUAUGCAUUUCCCUAAGUGCUGAUAAGGAGAAUUUGUUCAACAAACACGAGCCUUUUUAGUUGGUUAUCGUCUUCUUCAUUCUCGUGACCUUAAUGUUCGAUUCAGAGAUGAUAUGUAAGGAGAAAUUAGAUAUUAGUCACUCUCAUGGGUCUAAAGAUCAAUGAAGGACAACGAUCAUGAUCUCAGCAAGGACUCAGACCUGAAUAUUUCCACCCAGGAUCCAACACACUGAUGAUUGGUUUACUCUUUCUGAUAUUUACCCAUGCUUCCCUUGAUGCAUUCAAACCAAAUGGAUUUUAAAGAAUUAGUAGCCAUGGGCUCUAUGUAGAUUUUUUUCCUUUGAAAUUGUCUAUAAGUCAAGGAAAAUGAACAUAAUUUUCAACCCUACCAUUAUCACAUUUUUUGUUUGCACUUUUUGUCAUGUGGUGACAUGUUUGCAUGGUUAGUGCGAGGUAAAAUUUUCCUUGUUUGCUACUUUGUUUUGCACAGCUGUAUACUGUGUUUUAAAAUUUUUUACCAAAGACAUCAGCCAAUGCUUCCAAGACACAAGGAAGUGAUAUUGGCCUGACAGAGAGAUCAAGUACAAGACAACAGACAGCUGUACCUCCCUCCCAAGAGGAUGAGGCUAAAAUGCGAGAUAUUUUAUCAGACCCAGAAGUGAUGAAAGUACUUCAAGAUCAUCAAAUACAGAGAUUAUUAACCAUGAUGAAAACCAACCCAGAGGCAGCACAAUUGUGAGUUGUGUUACAAGAAUUGACUAAUUGUUUAUGGUUCAGUAAGAUCUUUCAAGUAAAACAGAUACCAUGGGGGUGAACAAAAAUUCUGAGAUGCUAAUUCUUUUGCCCAGGAGAACAAAUUACCUUUUUUGGUCUUAUUAAAAAGGAUCUCAUUAAUGACAGUUCAGAGACCUGGUAAGCAGGUCACAAUGAAACCAUGGACUUCAUUUCACCUGAUCAUCUUUUUAUCCUUUAGACCAGGCUGUUUGAACCCUUGGGAAUUUUAAAUGACUUGGUUCCACUGUAAUAUAUUAGGUGACAACUAGAGUCCAAGUCAUGCCAGGGUUAAAUCUUUAUACAGACUUCCUUCUCAGUUUGUUUGAGACUGCCCCCCCCCUCCACUUAUUCCCCAAGAGCUACAAUCUAAUCAGAAUUCAGUAUACCCAUAGUAUGCAGUAAUUAUAGUUACUCUUAAAACUCACAUUUACUCAUAGAUUAAGAGGGGGGUGGUAAUUUCUUGAUUGCAGCUAAAUUGUGUGAAGUAUUUCUCUUCUAGUAGAUAAUCUUCAGGGACAUAUCUAGUGGAAAACUUUUGCAAUUGAUACAGGUCAUAUUUCACCUCCAAGCUGAUGGGUCAUAAUUGUGAACAGUUCUUUGUAUUUAUAAUGUUAAUCUCACUUUUCUUUCUACAGGGAAGUUAACAGAGCCACUCCAGAAAUGAGGGUAAAGUUACAAAAACUGGUGGAAGUGGGGCUGUUAGGCUUUGCCCGGUGACCUAAAAUUCCUGGUGCUUAACUCAAGAUAUAAGUAUCAAAAGAGCAAAAGAAAAUUAGAUCAUCAAGCUUAAAUAUUACCACAUGGCUCAAUCAACCACACUAGUGUACAAACACAAUCUUGUGGAUAGUGUAAUAUUGAUGGUUACAAAGCACUUGAUCAAUUCUGCAAUUCAUCUUACCUUUACAAAUCCCCUCACUACUCAGGUUGCCAAGGAAAACUGCUUUGACAACAGGUUUUUUUUUUUUUCCUUUCCACUCUCAUUAGCAAAACAACAGAUGCCCUCUAGAGUGCAUCAUAGGAGAAAGACUAUGAGAAAAGUUAUUUAGAAAGAAAAAGUCCUUUUCAAAAGCUAGUUGUAUCUUAACAAAUUGUUCUUCUGCAACACUCCUCCAUGGUCAUAAUGCAAUUGAUCAGGUUACAAGUUUAACAAUAGUUAGCAUGGGAAGUAAGCCAAGUUUGCAUAAUGACUUUGAUACAGAGAGCUACUUAUAAAGACAGUAUGAAGUCUACUAUUUGUGACCAGGGGCUCAUAACAUUGUAGAGGUUAUGUUGCUCUGUUGUUACUGAAUGGGUUUGUGAGUUUAUUUGUUUUUUUGUUUUGUUUUUUUUAACUGAGAGUUUCACUCUUUCUAUUUAAACACAAACUGGUAGAAGACAAAAAUAGAGAGGCAACAAACUGAAGUAUGUGUUCACAAUGUAACAACCUUCAAGUUGAUAAUAUAGUUUGGAUUGAAGCAUCAUGGAAUAUAUUGAUUCUUCUUUUAUCAUCAAUAAUAAAGAAGAAAUAUUAUCACAGGGGCUCUCUCUUCAAGAGGGUUUGUUGAUAGCUGCUGAUGCUCCAUAACAAUGAAAACUUGAAAUGAAAUCUCUGUACACUGAAUAUUUAGCUCUCAUAGCAUCUGUAUCACCAAUGCCUUGAAGGUAAACACAAUUUUCAUCAAUCUCUUUAAACACUAUUUCUGGCUGCUAACAACACUAACACAGGUAAAAGCAAAGUCAAAGUUGCCAUUAUUGAGCAUUCUAGUGACUUUUACUUUGCAUCACAUCCAAAAUUACAGGUAAGAUUUACAGAGAAUAUAUUCAAACAAUUAACAUGACACAGGGCUGUAUACUUCAACUAAUUUUAUAACAUAGCUAGUAAAUUUGUCUAAUCAAAUUCAAUUGCACAAGCGUGCUUCAUAUUCCUAUUGUGCACGCUCAUGACGUCAGCAAACAAAUCCCUCAAGCAAAAAAAUUUUCCAUGGGGUUGAAAAUGUUAUAAAACAAUUGGUUCAUGCAUCAGCUAUGCGUUCAUCGAGAUAUGAAGCACUUGGGAAGUUUGGAGAGCACUCAAGAAGCUAGAGUUGCUUUGGGUACGCCUCAAGCAACUCUUACGCAUCUUUCAUGCUCUCCAAACGUCCCGUGUGCUUCAUAUCUUGAUGAACACAUGCUGAUGUAUGAACCAAUUGUUAACUGCAGCUCAAUGUUACUCAGAAUAGUCAUUACAUGUCCCUCCAAAAUCAAUCAUGAUGUCAAAAGUGUGAUGCGCAUACAAGACUAGCAGCAAUGUUUAUUUUGUCCAUUUGUGAUGUCUUGCAUUCAAGAAACUCUGAGAGAGAACUCUUAUGGUUUUAAACAAUAAUUCCC